AUGGCUGCCUCGCCCCGUGACUCGUCGGAUUCCGCGGGGGACGGGGGCAGCGCCGCAGCGGAGAGCGGCGCCGACGCGAGGGUCGAGGGCGCCGCCGCCAGCGCCGCGCGCGGGCUGCGGCUGAAGAGCAGGCGACGCGAGACGCCGCUGCCGUCGCUAUGCUCGCGGCCAUGGACGCAAGCGCACCUCGUGCUCGUGGCGCUGGUCGGCCUGCCGCAGAUGGCGGCGUCGGCGAGGCGCGCGGUUCGCGAGACCCUCUCCAAGGGCGUCAAGACCCCUGGCGCCAGCACGCUGCUCAGGCCGCAUCAGCAGCCCAUGCUACCGCCGCAGUCGUGGCACCUUCUGCUGGUCAAGGUGGCGGUCUGUCUGCGCGUCUCCUUCUGGCUGGCGCUGGCGCUG